AUGCACGAGACGCCAAUGUCCCCCGAUCCAUGCUGAUGUUCAGGACACAUGUACGGGCAAGCCAGGGACGGCUUGACAGAGGGAGCUUAAAGACACAGAUCUGCCAUGGAUUGGGUGCCGGGCGCCGCCGCAAAGCCCACAGCAAGCGUCAUGGCCAACUGAGAGGGAAAUGAGCUGCCCCAAAAGCGGACCGUGGCCUGGCCCGCGACUGGACGGCUGGCGACCAGCCAUCUCUAUCUGAGCUUGGUGCUAGCAGCAAUGGCCCCUCUCGUUGGAGCGAUCCGACGAGGUCUGGCUUCUUCCCAGCACCCAGCCACGAAAUUUCGGGUGCUACAUGCACAGCGUCGAUUGCAGCGCUCGCACCACGCCGCUACCAUACUGCAAUUAUCCUGCUGCAUUAGCACCGAAACAGCUCCAGCCCAAUGGCGGCAUUACACGAUAUCAAUACGGGCGGCAGGGAGGGAGCGCCUUUACGUGCAGCGAACCAUACAAAGUAGUCUCAGGCGGGCGGCACGCCCAAGCUGGCCAAUGGCAGCCCAGUCCACGCAGCUCUCCGAGGGUGACGAUCGCCUUGUCCGGCGAGCAAUAGCCCAGAGCGCGAAGACUGAGCCCCAGCCAUCUCUGUUUUCAUUGCACUGCUGCAGCUAAGACGGCAUGUGCAUCACAAAAGUGGGCGCUUGGCAGUCCUCAUACAGCCGGCGUGGGCGUCGCAGGAAUAGGCGAUGGGCGAGAUGCAGCAUC